UUGGAUCUCGUAAGCAAUCCAGUAAGAAAAAUAGUAUCGUGUGCCGUUGGCUUUAGUCUCGUAGCAUUCGUUGUGUUAUAAGCAGUGCCGCUACCGUCUGCUCUCAGCAAGAACAUUAUCAACGUUGUCUUUAGCAUAAAGAAACACUCGAUCAUCGAUAUGUCGAAAGGAAAGAAACAGUGUUUUUGUGACGUUAAAGUAGAAACAGCGAAACAUUUAAUCGGCGAAAAAAAGGCGAUUUCCAACCGAAAUAUUGGAGACUCAAUUUUGAAUGCACUCAAAGCCAGACCGAAUCAAAUCGGACAGGUGAAUGCGGACACAGGGCACCAAUGUACGUUCCAGGAGAUGAGAGAGAAUAGCGUCAAGUGUGCAUUAUGGCUAAAGAGAGUAGGUGUAAAAAAAGGCGAUGUAAUAACAAUAUGCACGCGCAAUCCGUCUUUCGUCUACGUGCCGUUUCUAGCGAGCAUAUAUAUCGGCGCUAUUACGAAUCCAUGGGAGGAAACGUAUUUCCGAGACGUAAUACGAGUUAUGAGCUUCGUGGCGCUAAAUAAACCAGAUGUAAUCUUCGUUGACGACGACAACUUUGUUACGCUUAUCUUAGUCUUAACAAUCUUAAAGGAUAUUAAGAAAGUACCAAAAAUCGUAACCAUCAAUGAGAUAAAAUGCGCACUAAAGCUAAACUCCCUGGAAGCUAUUCUGGACGAUGACUUGGAUAAGGCCGAAAUCGACAAUUUCACCUGCGAGAAGGUUUCUAUGACGGAUACCGCAAUUAGGGCAUUUUUUUCUUCUGCACACAGUUAUAAUACUCCGAUGAACGUUCCCUACAUAGCGUUUGUAUCUCCGUCAAACAAGCAGACACCCAUUAUGUCUCCCGGUGAUGUUGGUCUGUGGUCCGAUUCUUUAUGUUGGACUCAUGGUUCGCUUUUGACCGUUCAUGCUAUACUUUCACACGUGACAGCGAUAAAAUUUGCAACAUUCAGCGUAGACAAUUUCUAUAAGAUAAUCAGGGAGUACAAGGUAAUAUAUAGAAGCAUCCGAAUCGUUUUAAAAGUGAAUAAAACAUUUACAUGCGCUUCGCAGGUAACAUGGACGUUUCUUGAAAACAAUAUGUUUGAGAAUCUGUGUCGAGACAAAACGAGCAGCCCUUCAAAAGAGGACUUGUCUUCCUUGAAAAUAUUGCUAUUCGAUACUCCGAUAAUAAUGACUUAUAUGUUCGACUAUUGUACACAACUUUUUGAUGAGAAACCAGACAUUUCUAUCAUUCAAGUAUACAGUAAACCAGAAACUGGCGUAAUCUUUUAUCAACCAUUCCUAUAUGACAUUAUAGGUUACGUAACUAAGAAUGUUCAAGUAUUGUUCAUGACUGAAGACAGGGAAUUUAGGACUGCAGAUCGAAUUUUCAAAGUCUUAGUAAAAACUCCGUAUAUGCCACCUUGUCCAAUAUGUCACAAUGCAAGAAAACGGUGGUACUAUACCGAAAGUUAUGGCUACUAUGGAGAGAGUGACCAAAUCUUUAUUUAUAAUACACAUAAGACACACAUUUAUUACGAAGACAAGGUUAUAUGGGCAGAAAUUAUCGAGGGCUACUUAAAGGUCCAUCCGGAGAUAUCUGAAGUCAUUAUAACAUCUGUGCGAGACUAUUUUGGUGGGAAGCAUCCGGUGGCUUAUGUUAAGCUAAAGCCCGGAGCACAGAUAACGGAAAUGGAAAUGCUGAGACUGAUGAGUAAUUAUUUUGAGGAUCAUCGUUUUAAAUUUUACGGAGGAGUGCAAUUCAUAGACGAAUUUCCACGGCUUCCCAAUGGAAAAAUAUAUCGACAGCACUUACGAGUGCGUGACCCGCGAUCGACAGAGUCUAUAACAUUUGGCAUAAUUUGUACAUAAUAGAUAAUAUUUCUAUUAUGAUCAAUAAAAAUGCAUAGGAUAAAUGUUAUAUGAUAAUGACGUUAUAUGCAGGGUUGGGAAAGUUACUUUAUAAAAGUAACUUGUUACAGUUACAGUUUAUUC